AUGGACUUCGUGCAGAACCCAACAUACCUCCUCGCCCCCCAAUGGACCUUCCGCCCAGGGGGCCCCAUCGCCAUCGGCAACAUCAUCGCCGACCCGUUCAAACCGCACAUAGUCUGCAGCUACGCAGACGCCAGCAGCAACGCCUACGCCACCGACAUGGCAGGCGAGCGCAACUGGCGCAUGUCGCAGGAAACAGCCCGCCGCUUCGACGUCAGCAUGUGGAGCGUCUUCCUCGAGAAGAUCCAGCUCAAGAUCGGCGCCAGCCGCAGCAACGUCAGGCACGGCGAAUACACCAUGGACGUGUUGGAGACGACGUACCUCCUGCGCCACCCUUCGCACGAGGAGAUCCACGAGCGGUGCAACAGUCCCGCGGUGAAACCGUUGAUGAAUAUGGAGAGGAUUAAGGCGAAGCCGGUGUACAUGAUCACGGGACUCAAGAUCGCCAAGGGGUUUGCUGUGAAGCAGAACAGCAGCUCGGACAAGGCGGCGCAUGCUCAGGCCGGAGCGGAAGUGUCGCCUGGGGUCAGUGUUGGGGCGGAGGUGAGCGGUUCCAAGAGCCAAAGGGAACAUCAUGGGUUCGAGGCGAUGCAGGAUAUCAUAUUUGGUUAUCAGUUAUUGAAGAUUGAGCCCAAAGGAUGGGGCAAGAGGAAGCAACUCCAUUACGGCGAGUUUAUGAAACGUAAGAAGAGCGGCAUUAAAGACCCGGAGUCGGUUGACGGCGAAGCGAGCUUGCCGGCUGCAGGAGAAUUUCAAGAGAUGGGUACAGAUAUCCAGUCCGUCACGCUGGAUGAUGGAGACGCGGGACAUGGGGCCAUUGUUUUCCAAGCUCCAGAUGAAGAGGAAGCUUCAGAGUAG